UUAACUUUUAACUUUAUUCCUUCCAGCCCCUAACCCAUACCCAUCCGACCCUUUUCAUUCUCUCUCUCCUUUUUGGGCUUCCUCAACAGAUCCUUAUUUCUUCUCCAAAACCACCCUGAGUUGAUCAGAUCUCAAAGCAGUUGCCUAGGAGAAUUGUCUAUCAUCAAUGACGAUUGGCUCAGGUGGAUCGAGUGUCGUCGUCCCACGAAACUUCAGAUUGCUGGAGGAACUUGAACGUGGAGAAAAGGGUAUUGGAGAUGGUACAGUAAGCUAUGGAAUGGAUGAUGGAGAUGAUAUUUAUAUGCGCUCUUGGACGGGUACUAUAAUUGGUCCACACAAUUCUGUGCAUGAAGGUCGUAUUUAUCAGUUGAAGCUGUUUUGUGACAAAGAUUAUCCGGACAAGCCUCCAAGUGUUCGUUUCCAUUCAAGGAUCAACAUGACUUGUGUAAACCAUGAGACCGGAGUGGUAGAGGCAAAGAAAUUUGGGAUGCUGGCAAAUUGGCAGCGGGAGUACACUAUGGAAGACAUACUGACACAGCUGAAGAAGGAGAUGGCAGCCCCCCACAACCGGAAGCUGGUUCAGCCUCCUGAAGGUAUCUACUUCUAGUUGAAGAUGGAUAGUAUAGACUGAAUCUCGGAUAUACCAAUACAUAGUUUGUAAUGCCGUGUCGGUCCUAUGAAAGUUUGGGCCCAGGAAAACCUUACAGCUUUCAUUGUUCACUCCAGUGCUUUUCUCUUCCUUUGUCAAACUUGUGCUCCAAGGAUGCUAUCUACUGAAUGGUACUGAAUUGUGUGUCAUAUUGAAUGCACUUUUAAACUAAGUUCCGGCAAGUUUCUUCAGUGUCCAUUUGAAGUUGCAUAGGCAAAUCUUAAUUGGGAUUUGAGAA